UUUGUACUCUGUUGCUGCUGUUCGAACCCAACGAACGAUAAACCAACCAACCACCAGUCAUACUGUGUUGUCUUGUCAAGUCUUCAAUGUCCAAUUUUAUCAUUUGUUUUGCCUAAAAUCAAACCAAAGAAAUUUGCUGUAAUAAUGUUAUAAGAUAGAGUGAAAAACGAAAUAUUUUAAUAAUUUAUUAACCAGAACGAUUUAGAAAAUCGUUUUUCAAUACCUUUAUUGUGUGUUUGUAAAUGCUCUUGGCAUUUUGUGUGCGUGUGUGUUUGCUUUGAAAUAGCAAAUUUUUGACGGAUAUAUAGAUUGAUUUCUGAUUAAAGAUCCGACAUAUUGUGACCAGAUCACAAUCACCAUAGAAAUUAACCAGCAGCAUCAACAGGUUUGGCAGACGACAUACACAGAUUUCCUGGAGAAAUUAAAAAAAGGAUUCACGCUUUUUUGUUUUUGCAUUCUCCUUAAAUAUAUUUUACCAACCACGACCGUUUGUUUAUUCCUUGGAUAGCAACAAGAACGAGAAUAUCUACCAAGAUAAUGCAAGCAAAAUAGACUAUCUACAGCUAUUGUUAAUACUUCUACUAUUAUUUAUUGUAAAAAAAAUAAACCAAAAACAUAAGAGAAAGGACUUUUGUUGUUCCAAAACGAAUAGAGCAACAACUACAAUAAAGAAACACAGCGACAACGUAUUGUACAAUACAAAGAGAAAAGAAAAAAAUAUAUAAGUCAGUCGGUCAUUUUGCCAGACAGUGAGCCAAUAAAGCUAGAACGAAAUAACACUUGACAAAUCUAUAACCUAAAAAGGCAAAGAAAGACAUCAAUAUGAAAUACACAAGCAACAAUAGCAACGCUGAAACCCAAAAUAUAACAAAUGGCAGCUGCAGCAGCAGCAACAGUCAUAACAACAGCAAUAACGCACCAACCAUGGUCACGUCUCCGACGUUGACAACAACAACCAAUACGACCAAUGGUGGCAGUACUAAUUCCACCGGGAAUGCAUUAUUUUGCGAACAAGUGAACACGGUCACAAAUCUCUUCGAGAAAUGGAACGACUGUGAGCGUACGGUGGUAAUGUAUGCCCUGCUAAAGCGUCUGCGUUAUCCCAGCUUGAAAUUUCUACAAUAUUCCAUUGAUAAUACCUUGACACAGAACAUGGGUUCCACAUCCAAUCUAAGCACCGUAGUCAUCGAUAUGAAUGCCAAUAAUCCAUCAUAUUUGCAGAAUCUAUUGAAUGCCUACAAGACAUUUCAUUUGGGCGAUUUAGUUGAUACGCUGUCUUCAUCAUCAUCGGACAAAGAUUCAAUGCCAUCGUGCUAUGGAUCUGAUUUUCAAUUAACACAAUGCGAUGAGAGAAAAUUGUAUGGGAAGAAAGAAGAUAUAUUGCACGAGGUAUUGAAUAUGUUACCUCUACUAAAGCCAGGCAAUGAAGAGGCCAAAAUGAUAUAUCUAUCGUUGAUACCGCUGGCCGUAAAGGAUACAAUACGUCAAAUUGUACCAACCGAAUUGGUGCAGCAAAUAUUCUCCUAUAUGCUAAUACAUUCAGCCAUAUCGAGUGAGGAUCGUAGAUCCUUAAAUGGUUGGUUGCGACACCUGGAAGAUCAUUUACAAUCUUCCAGUAAUUGUGCAUCAUACAAUAUGGGUGUACCUCCCCCAUCAAUGCAUAGUUCAACUUUCAUAUCAAAUCAAAAUAGCCUUGUUAGUGGUCUAUUGUUGGAAAAUCCAACUAUGACUACAUCUGGAUCGUCGGCUACUUCAUCGUCAUCUUCGGCUUUGUCAAUUUCUUCGACAGCAUCGAAUGCAUCGGCAGCCUCAUCGUUUGGCAACUUGACGCAGAAUUGUAAUUCAACAACAAUUUCUCAAUCAAUUAUGGGAUCACGCAAUACAGACUGGCAAACAAUACAACCUCCAAGCAGGCAUCAACUGCAGCAACAGCAGCAUCAACAACAACAACAACAUCAUCAGCAGCAACAACAAACUAACAAACAACCACCAUCAAGUAUAGCAUCAGAUUGGUCAUCGUUAGUUGUAAAAUCCAACAUCAACAACAAUAAUAAUAAUAAUAGUGUGAACAAUAACGGUGUUGGUGGAGGUGGUGGUGGCGGUGUCAGUGCCGGUGGAGGAAAUGCUGGUGGUGCUAAUGGUGUUGGUGUCACGGUCGGUCAACUAGCCGAUCAACUCUGUGAUAAUUUGAAUGGUAUUACGCUGAAUGAAUUAGCAUCUAGUCAAAAUAGUUUAGGACUCAAUAUCGGAACGAGUAUUGUCGAUUCCUUGGGCGGUGUUGUUGGGGACACAAAUAAUUGUACAUCGUUGGUGAAUGGUCUGACUGCGUCUGUUACCGGUUCAACGGUGGCAACAACACCCAAUCUCUUUGGCACACAAACCAAUCCAAUUAUUAAUAUAAUUAAUAAUAACAAUAAUUGUAGUAGUCAAUUGAAUGGUAUCGAUGAUCAUGACACCUCAUUCUCUAAGAAUGGUACUGAAAUUUUAGAUUUUGAUCCCAAUUCAAAUACAAUGAACAAUUGCGAUAGUUGCAGCAACAAUGGAAGUAACAACUUGGGUCAGUUACAGCCACAAAUGGGUUAUGCAUCCAUAUUGAUGAGCAAUUGUGGUGAUCACUUAGACAUAAAUCGUUGGAGUUUGGAUAGCAAAUAUGCCGCUCUUAAAACACGACGUUCCAACAGUCUUACCACUCAAACCAUAUCCUCAUCUGCUUCGUCAUCUAACUCAUCAGUCAUCACUGUCAAUGACAAUUGUUCAAACUCUACGGAAAACUUGGCCCAAUUUGCCAACAAACCACGCAGUUUUUCACUGUCGAUUGAACAUCAUCGUGGCUCUUUGACCAAUAGUGGUUCGGAUACACGUCUGGAUGAUUUCAAACCGAACUACAUAAAAUUUCAAACAAGAAACGUUGGCAUGUCCAGCAUUGGCCUGUGGCUAAAAUCAUUGCGUCUACAUAAAUACAUCGAACUUUUCAAGAAUAUGACAUACGAGGAUAUGUUGCAGAUAACCGAGGAAUAUUUACAAAGUUUAGGUGUAACCAAAGGUGCUUCCCAUAAAUUGGCUCUGUGCAUAGAUAAACUUAAGGAGCGUUGCAAUCAUUUGGCCAAAAUGGAACAUGAACUGAUGAAUGGCCAGCUUAAGCUGCAGGCAGCCAUUGAAGAGUUGGCCAAUAUUGUUCUCACACCCAUGAAACCAAUAGAAUUAGUUGCCGCAGGCGAAGAUAAUGUUGCUUUAAUGUUUUUGAAAAUUGUUGAUUUGGUUUGUACCAUUGCUCAAAAAGACCCAUAUGCUGUGGUUGAUGAUGAUAAUAUCAGUGUAAUCUUGUGGAUAUUGGAUCGGUCCAUACACAAUGAGGCUUUUGUGAAUCACGUAAAUCAAUUGAAGGAAUUGAAGUUCAAGUUGUCGAAAUUGAAGAUGUCAUUAACCCCAAAAAUGCACCACAAUAAAAAUGGCAGCAAUGGCAAUUUGAAUAAACCCAGUUUUCAAUUUUCCAGGUGGAAUGGCAAAGCACGCAAAUGUGAUCAGAAAAAUGGCAGCAGUGAUCGUAUAAAUCAUCGUAAAAAUUCCAAUGAUAUGUUAAAUUUUUCUCUGAGUUGUUUGCAACAACAGCAUCAUCAUAACCAGCAAUUGCAACAUCAACAACAGCAGCAACAACAACAACAGCAACACAACCAACAACAUCGACGUUCACUCAAUAAUUUGAUUGUGGUUUCUGGCGGACCACAACAGCCACAAAAAAUGAUAUUCCAACCGGGUCAGGCUAUACUGUCCACAACAAAUGUUAUGAACAAUGAGGAAAUGUCAAGGAUUGAUAUGAUCAAUCAGAAGCAACAACAACAUCAACAAGCAAGGAAAGCUAGCCUUACCUCUAUUAACAACAACAAUAACAAUGUUAAUAAUCAAAACAAUAAUAAUUUGGAAUCGUUGCAACAACACCACAACUCAUCGUCGUCAUCGGCUGCCGCAUCUGUGCCAAAGAAAACAAUGGCCGCUGUCGUUAUGGAAAAUUUGGCCAAGUUCGAUCAGCAUUUUACUUUAUUUUGAGACAAGCCCAAAUUAACGACAAUUCCAUUGCAUCGCCCUAUCUUUAACCAUCACCAUCAUCAGCCUAAACCUCAUCAUAGCCAUUAUUUGUAACAUAAUUAUUCUUUAAUUUUAUUUUUUGGCAAUAUUGGUCUUGAACAGCACACAUACAACUAUUAUAGCUAAACAAAAAAGAUUUAAAAUUUUUUUCGAAAGAAAAAAAAAAAACUGAAUGCAAUAUUACGCGAUACCAUUCAAUUAUUUGAAAGUAGAAAAAUACCUUGAAAAUUAUAACAAAAAUUACAAAAAAAGAGACUGACUUAGAUUAUUUUCCUUGAAGAACAAAACAAAAUAAACAAUUUAAAACAACGGGAAGAACAACUAUGGAAAGAAAUUGACAAUGUAAGUUAAACAAAAAUUUAAAUAAAAAGUAGAGGUGUUUUCAAUAAAAAUUGCAAGCGAAAAAUAAAAUAUUACGAAAAUUCUCACAAUACAAAGAAAUGAUUUCAAAUCAAAAAGAAAAAAUACAUUUUAUUAAAAAUUUUGACAAAAGGAAACCCCAUGAAUAUAUUUGCUGAAGUUGGACUUUAAAAAAGUAGUAAACUAUUUAUUUUUUUCUCCUAGAAAACAAAAACAAAAUAAAAUAUAAAACAAAUCAAACAUUUUUUCCACUAACGGAAUGUAAUUGCUGAAUUAAUGAAAUUAACAUUUAAAAAAUACACCACAUUUUACAUUAAAAUACCAAACACACUUUACAUGCAAACACACAUACACACACAAAACAAUCCCCCUCCCCAAUAUUUCAACUACUCCACACACUACCACAAAAUAUGAAAUUAUUGUUUAUUUGUAUUGUACAUUUUUCGUUUUUUUAAUAUUACAAAAAUUGAUUUAUAUGCAUAAUUAUAAAUUAAAAGUAAAACAAAUAUAUUAUGUAGUAUAUAGCUUAUAUAUGACUUACAACAACAUUUGAUUAUGCUGAUAAUAAAAGGACUCUUAUAUAGAAACUAUAAAAAUUAAAACUAAGAUAAAUAAAUAAAUAUAUGAAACAUGUAAACCAAACAAUGAUAUCGUAUCGUCCGUUUCCGCCCCUCCCAAAUAAAGUCAACAAGAACCCAAAAAAAAAAAACAAA